UUGGUUAAUAUAUGGUGCUUCCCCAAGUCUUGCCAUAUAAGUCUGGCUUCUCCUCUGAAACUGAGUCAGCAUCUCUGUAGGCUGGCUCUCUGUAUUCGCCAUUCCAUUCCCAAUUCCGAGCUAAUGAAGUUGCAGCCGAGCUGAGCCUCAGUUGCCUGGCGACUAGCGAACAGCUUGGACGUGUGGUGUGCUCUUCGGUGUGGUUUCGAGUCUCGAGUUCCGAGUUUCCCCAUAUUGCAGCCGUCAAAUCCGGAAAUUUUGGAAAAUGCUGCUCUCAAUGCAAAUGUGGCGCUCUCUGUGGCUGGCGGCCCUUUUCUGCGGAUUAGCCCAGGCCAAAGGUUCCCACAAGGUGCACUGUUCGGAGGACCAGAUGCGAGUGGACAUCGGACUACCGGAUGCGGAGUCGAAGGAUCAGAGUGCUCCGCAAAUCUAUUUGGAGGGAUUGAAGGGAUAUCCGGAUGAGCGAUGCCAGCCGCAAAUCGAUGGAUCGCUGGCCGUCUUUCGGCUUUCCCUCAGUGAUUUUUACGAGUGCGGUGUAACCAGGAUGGUCAACCAGCUGACGGGCAAGAAGGUGUAUUACCAUAAAAUCAUCAUCGAGUCAGCCAGCAGCAAGGAGAUCGUCAGCGUUAAGUGCAUCACCACCGCCAGUCCCGCCUAUAACGUGAUGAUGAAUGCCACCACCGGGUCCAGUUCCACGUCCAGCGGCGGCAUCCACGGCCUGGUCAAGCGGGAUGUGCUGCCGGCGGGAUUCCAGGAACCCGAGGAUCUGGAGAUCACCACGUCGCUGACCAAGCGGGCACCAGAGCCACGACUCUCCAUUGGCGUUAGCCAGGAUGGCCAGAAGUUCACCAGGGACUUGACAGUAAAGUCGGGCACACCUUUGACCAUGGAAAUCAAUCUGGAUGAGGACUCUGCACCUGUUUAUGGUCUGGGUGUGAACUAUUUGGAUGUGACGGACACGCAUACCUCUUCGGAAACGCUGAUCUUCAAGGGCUGCACUGUGGAUCCCUAUCUGUUCGAGAACUUCAACACCAUCGACGGCGACAUUUUAAGUGCCAAGUUCAAGGCGUUCAAGUUCCCUGACUCGUCGUACGUGCAAUUCCGUGCCACGGUCAACGUGUGUCUGGACAAGUGCCUCGGUACCCAGUGCUCCAACAACCAGGUGGGCUUCGGUCGACGCAAACGGGAGAUCAGCUCGGCGAACAAGGUCUACGAGAUCUCGCUGGCCAUGUUCCUGCAGGUUCAGGAUAUCGAAGGUGUUAACAAAAAUGAGGUCCUGCAGCUGGAGGAGAAGCUCAGGGAGCUGAAGCUGGCCAACCAACGCCUGGCCAGGAAUAGCCGCGGCAACUUUGCCAUGGAGCAGACGCCCGCCAGUGCUCAGCCCGCCUUUGUGGUGGACGAGCGGGAGCUGGGACACCUCAGUUCCGGAUCGGGAGCCGCAUCGAACGGCGUGGCGCUGGCUGUGUGGACGAUUCUGGGGGCAUUGAGUUGGCGGCUGAUGUAGAAGUUGUAAAUCUCUCAAGGCGUGAACGACGUGCGAGUGCGAGGAAUGCUAAUCAGGGCGGAAUUGCGUGCAGUGGCAAUGAACGAAGGAGGGAAUAUUAAUGUACUACCUAACUACUAAAAUAUUUACCUAUACUUGAUGUAACUGCCAUUUACAGAACGUAAUUAACUUUAAAAUGUAUGCGUAGCUUAGGUUUUCAACGACUUAUGGCAGCCGACAUUGCGACAUUGCGACAGAAACCGAAAAAGAGAUAUAGCAACAGACAGACAACAGUGAUUCUUAUAAAAAUACACAUAAAAACACUUACAUAUAAAUAUAUAGAUAUGCAUAUAUAUUGGAGAACUUGAAGAACUCGGUCUAACUCAUAAGCACCUACUAGUCUCCUAAGUGUAACUGUUAAGCUAAUUUAAUUAACGACUAAACUAAACGAAUUAAUUGAUUAAACGAAUCUCUGAUCGAUGCGCCUUUGCCAA